AUGAUAGGCCAGACAGACAUCCCAGACUGGUGCUACAUCGAGACCCUCGGCACGGAGGAGGGCCGCCGGCGGUAUCGGCCAGACCCCACCCCGGCUGAUCUGGAGGCAUUCUACAAUGCAUCCCCCGUCGCCCACGUGGACAAGGUCGUGGCCCCCCUCGCCUUCAUGCUCGGCGCCAAGGACCGCCGCGUCCCCCUCGACGACGCGCGCCGCUACAUCGACGCCGUGCGCGCCAGGGGCGUCGACACGCGCGUGCUUGUCUUCCCCAAUGAUACGCACGCCCUGGACAAGCCCAACACAGAGUUCGAGCAGUGGCUCAACCUGGCCUGGUGGCUGGGCCUGCACGUGCCGGGCGGCAAGCGGCCCGAGGGGGGCGCCGAGUGA